AUGUCAAUAUCCAGAACGACACUCCGUUCCCUUCCUUCCUCGUCGUCUGUCCGACCAAUCAUACGGUCUUUCUCCUCUUCCGUUCCGUCGUCAGAAUCGAAGCCUGAUUCUUCAGUGUCCGAUGCUUCUCCUCAGUCAUUCUUCCCUGAUACACCGGUCGCACCAUCAAAAGCAUCAUCAAAGAAAAACAAACCAUGGUCUGUGAUGAGUACACCCAAAUUUGACUUUGACGAUGCCACUUCCCUUGGUUGGAUGAGAAUGUUCAGAAUACAAGAGGGGGAAGGUCUCGUUAGGAAAGUGCAUGAAGAUAGGGAAGCUUUAAAAGCCGCAAACACAACCACCUUUACUCCUCCUACAUCGUCGAUCCGUUUAACAAGUACAAUUGACCUAUCUUCACCAUCUUCCAAAUUCCACACCAAAUCCGUUCUUCUCGUUCCAGUAUCGACUCUCCCACUUUCCACCCCGGAAGCGACUCAACGGAUCAAGCUUCUUGCAGGGCCAAGGUGGAGUCCAGGUAGACCAGGUAAAGAAGAAUUCUUACCCAAUGGAGGUGCUCAUGCAGGAGUAGAACAAGGCAAGGAAGGCUGGAUCAAAAUCGCCGAGGAACGAUUCGGAAAUACACAACAGAACAGGAAAGAAGUGUCGAAUAUACUGGACAGAUUAGUAGAAGCUGCAAAUGAUCUCAAAUCGCCUCUUCCUGCUGAUAUACCUAUUGACACCCGACAUCUCCUCUCUCGUCAUCGUAAAAAGCGAACUCGACAAAACCCCUUUACUUGGUCACCUGACCAAACCUAUCUCAAAAGACAUGAUGUAGUUGGUGGAAUAAGAGGCUUUCCUGUAGAAUGGCUACCCGAAGAGUUGAGGGAGAAGGCACUGAAGAAGCAAUAG